AUGGCGGUGCUUCUCAUUCUCUUCCUCGUACUCCUGUCAAGCUCUGCUUCUAUAGAAUCAAGGCUUUACACAAACUACUACUCUAAGUCUUGCCCGAGAUUCACGCAGAUUGUUCAGGACAUUGUCACCAACAAACAGAUCUCCACCCCCACCACCGCCGCCGCCACCCUCCGCCUCUUCUUCCACGACUGCCUCCACAACGGCUGCGACGCCUCCGUCCUAAUCUCCUCCACCCAUUUCAACAAAGCCGAGCGCGACGCCGACAUCAACCUCUCCCUCCCCGGCGACGCCUUCGACGUCGUCGUCCGCGCCAAGACCGCCGUCGAGCUCGCCUGCCCCGGCACCGUCUCCUGCGCCGACAUCCUCGCCGUCGCCGCCCGCGACCUCGUCACCAUGAUGGGUGGCCCUUACUACAACGUCCCCCUCGGCCGCCGCGACGGGAAAUCCUCACACGCCGCCGCCGUCGACGGAACCCUCCCCUUGCCCACCAUGACCAUCUCCCAGCUCAUCGAGCUCUUCGGAUCCAGAGGCUUCUCCGCUCAAGAAAUGGUGGCCCUCACCGGGGCCCACACCAUUGGAUUCUCCCACUGUAAGGAGUUCACCGCCGCGAUCUACAACUACAGCAGCGCGGCGCAGUCCGACCCGGAGUACAACCCGAGAUACGCGGCCGGGUUGCGGAAUGCAUGCGCGGAUUUCCAGAAGAACCCGACUUUGUCGGUGUUUAAUGAUAUCAUGACGCCGAACAAGUUCGACAAUGCGUAUUUCCAGAACCUUCCGAAGGGACUGGGGCUGCUGAAGUCGGAUCAUGCUCUGUUUAACGACCCGAGGACGAGGCCGUUUGUGGAGCUCUAUGCGAAGGAUCAGGGCAAGUUCUUCUAUGCUUUUGCGAGAGCGAUGGAGAAGCUGAGUGUGUAUGGGAUUCAGACUGGGAGGAAGGGAGAGAUUAGGCGAAGAUGCGAUGAGUUUAAUUGAUUAAAGGAGUGAGCUUGGGUUAACUUGCAUUGUUGUUUUUUCGGAAGCUGUUCAAUUGGGUAUGGUAAAUUGAGCUUUGUAUACAUGUUUUUUGUACUAUGAAGGUGAUCAUGAUUUGUUGAGCUUCAAAUAUAUAUACACAUAUAUGUUCAUU